AUGCCCUACCAAAAGACCUCCGACUUCCUGCCCCCGCAACCCCCCGCCAGCGCCCACUGCCAAGUGAUCGACUUCGCAGCCACCAACCCCGCGCUCCCAGAAUACAAGCGAUACCUCGCAGCAGUCAUCGACAACGCCCUCACCGAGUCCGAAUGCAAAGAGCUCCUGCGCAUAGCAGAGGCCAGCACGCCAGACGGUCAGACAUGGGAGCGAGCCAUGAUCAACAUCGGCGGCGGCCGCCAGAAGAUAUCCACCGAAUCGCGCAACUGCGGCCGCAUUAUCCUGGAUGAUUCUGAGAUUGCGGAUAAACUGCAAGCGAGACUUAUGCCUUUCUUGCGGGAGUUGGGGAUUGAGAGGCUGGAGAAUAGGCCGCUUGUCACGGGCCUCGCGGGGAGGAAUAAGACGUACCAGCUCACGAAAUUCAAUGAGCGGUUGAGGUUUCUUAAGUACGUCGGCGGCGAGUACUUCCGCCCACACUGGGACGCACACUAUACAACGCCCGACAAGCGCGAGCGAUCGUAUUUCACAGUGCACCUGUAUCUGAACGGCGACGGGGAACAGGAUCUCACAGAGUUGAAGCGGGCAACUGAUGCCGAGGUGGAGGGGGAAGCCAAGAAUAUAGAUCUGGAUGGGCCGUUAUUGGGCGGUGCGACGUCCUUCUUGCCACGGUACGAGGAGAAGGAGAGGCAUGUGAGGGUCUUCCCGAGGACGGGGUCGGUCUUGGUCUUCCAGCAGAGCGAAUUGCUUCAUGGUGGGGAUUCGGUGUUCCGCGGGACCAAGUUCACGUUGAGGACUGAUGUGAUGUAUGAGCUUGUCGAGUGA